AACUUGCUAGGAGGAAAACGAUUAAAGAUACCAAAUUGUGAUAUUUAUGUAUUAGAAAGCUUGAAUCAUUUUUAGAGUAACAGAAAAAAUGGAGGCAAUUGUAGAACACAAAUAUAUAGCAAGACAGCCUGAUGAGUUAACUCUGACAAAAGGAGAUAUUAUCAGGGAGAUUAAAGCAAUGCCAGGUGGUUGGUGGGAAGGAACUUUAAGAGACAAACGUGGCAUGUUUCCUGAUAAUUUUGUCAAGGUUUUAAAAGUUCCUUCAAGUGGAAGCACAGGAAGUAAAGUAGCAAAUAAUACUGAGUUUACAGAAGCUUUAUUGAGAAAUGGAGGUUCUAGAAAAAGAUUUUGUAAAGUACUUUAUGAUUAUGAGCCAUGCAAUGAGGACGAACUAACUUUGGUAGUUGAAGAUACUAUAGAAUUCUUGGGUGAAGUGGAGGAGGGGUGGUGGAGAGGUAGACUUAAAGGCAGAGUUGGAGUUUUCCCUUCAAAUUUUGUCACUCCUCUUUACGAAGACUCUGACAACUUCAGAGAUGAAAAUAAGGCAGAAUUAUGUAAAGUACUGUUCCCUUAUGAAAGUGCUACUGAUCAUGAAUUAAAAUUGACUGAAGGAGAUGUAAUAACGGUUCAUGCUAAAUGUACAGACAAGGAUUGGUGGUAUGGUGAACUAAAUGGUCAACUGGGCUUAUUCCCUAGCAAGUGUGUUGAAGUGAUAACUGUUGGGUCGAACCAUCAAGAUGAACAAAGGAACGAUUUCAUCAAAAGUACUGCGAAACAUUCUCAACAAUUACAAAAGAAUGAAAAAGUACACAUUAAGAAAAGUUCAGAUAUACAAAAUGUACAUGCAGCAAAACCACUUAAGAAUACCAUAUCAAGAAGGAACUCUUCAGGAGAAAGUAGCGAAGAUACAAAGACUAUAGGGGGUCAUUCAGUUACGUCGAGCCAGAAUAGUCUCGUAGGUGAAGUUGGAACUGAUAGUGGUAAUGAAAAUACCGAUAUAGCUUUGGGUGAGGAGUUAGAUGGGGUAGAGCGGGAAGAAGCACCGCUUUCGCACUUAACAGCUUCUCGAGCCAAAGCACCUCGACGGCGUCCACCUUCUUCACAGCGUUCACAGCUUCGAGCUGUUGAAGCAAUCACAACAAAACCAAAAAAUAAAUCAACACAGAAGAAAAACAGAAUCACGGUAGAAGAGUUGAUCGAAAUAGAACGUGAAGCAUUGGCAGCAAGGACAAGAAGAACAGUAGACGAGAUGAAAGAAUUACAAGAUAGACUCUCGGAAAGAAUCAGAUUCGAAGUUCACCAAGAUCCCGAACUCGCAAGAGUGAAAGCAGUAUUGACUGUUAUAGAAGCCAUAGAUGAAUUACAAGCCGAAAAGAAAGACAGGAUACCAAAAUAUAGUAAUCAGAAAUCUGAUACGUCUCCUCACCUAGAGCAAACUUCACCUCCUUCUCGAAGUACUUCGCCAACUUUUCUUACAUUGCCUGCCUACGAUAAGUUACUGCAUAAGGUUAACGCUUUAGAAAGGAGAGAAGAAAUGCUGGAGCGUAUAGUAAGAGUGAUGGCGGAACAAUGUCUUCGUCUUCUCUGGGCUUCGGAAGCCAGUCUUACAAAUAAAUAGGUCUCCACGUAUAACUUCAGCAGUAUGUUUUUUAUACAUAAUAAUAUAGAAAUCAAUUUCUUAAAUUUAAUAAGAAAGCAACUAAUCGCUUCAGUGCCGCGGAUCAUUGCGAAA